CUUCUGCAAGAUCCUCGCAGCCAUUUUCACGAAAAUGUUGCGGGCGCCAUGUCCGUGGAAGAACCAGAAAAAGCCUUCGAACAUAAACACAAUAUUCUGCGUCUGCAGUCUCGCACCAGGGCAUCUGUGAAACCGCCGGGGACAUAAACAAAGCUGAGGGUAUCAAAGCUGUGUUGAGACAGUGUUAAACAUGAGAGCGGAUAUAAUGUCUGUUAAGCGUCUCAUGUGUUGUUGAGACGCGUAAACCGUGAGUUUUUCUCCAGACUGUCAGUAACGUUAUAUCAAAACCUUCAGCCAACGAGUGACUGAUGCUCCUUACUCUGGUUGCGGAGAAGGGCCAGUUCCGCUUCCAACCAUCAUGGCUUUUGUGAGCCUCUUCUCCAGUCCCCCAAGCCCCGUACUUGACAAAAACAUGACAGACUGUGAGCUGACAGGGGAAGAAAGGGAGGAUGGCGAAUUGGAGGAUGGAGAAAUAGAUGAUGAAGGCAUAAGCAUAGAAGAAGUGAAGGAAACUAAGGAGGAGUCUGAAGAGGUUGAGAAAGAGAAAGGAAAAGACAGAGAAAAAGAUGAAAAGUUACACCGGCAUUCCCGAAAACGACACAGGAAAAUUAAAGAAAAACGACGGUCGAAGAGAAGGAGACGAGACCGUCAAAAGCAUCACUCUCCAUCCAGUGGCUCCAGCUCAGACAGCUAUGACUCAGAGCACGAGCGUCAAGACAGACCUAAGAGCAAGAAGAGCAAAGGAACAUAUCGUGACCAUGAUGGAGAAUUGGUGCAGCGGGAAAAUGAACCCACAAAACCACCAAGAUCAAUGCAGCGCAAGAACAGCGAUUUAGACAAAUACAGUGACUACAGUGAAGAAAAGUAUGACUAUGAUGAAGAGGAGGAUUUCUCAGAGGAGCUGUCUAAAUACAAACAUGCUAAAGAGUCAUCUGGUCAUGGCAAGGCAGGGCCUAAAGACCAGGCCAAGAGACCAAUCAUGAAGGGACAACAAAAACAACAACAGCAGUUUGGUGGGCAGCGUGGUAGAGGUCGUGGUGCCAUUGGCAGGGGACGGGGAAUGCCGAACAAGAAUAAGAAACAGAAGGGCAAGAACUGGGGCCGGGGUCGUGGUCGAGGAGGAGAACAGGGUGGAGGAGAUGGGGAUUCUAAAGGUCCACCCAAUUUCCAGAAGAAGCGGCCAAUCAUGAGCCAGGAAUUCAUUAAUCAACAUACGUUUGAACACAAUGGGAGGCACAUUUGUAAAUAUUUCCUGGAGGGUAGAUGCAUCAAAGGGGACCAGUGCAAGUUUGAACAUGAUAAUGUUGUCCCAGAGAAGAAGAAAGAACUGUGCAAGUUUUAUGUCCAGGGAUACUGUACCAAAGGAGAUAUCUGUAUAUACAUGCACAGUGAGUAUCCGUGCAAGUUCUUUCACACCGGAGCAAAGUGUUAUCAAGGAGACAACUGCAAGUUCUCCCAUGAACCUUUAACCGAUGUUACCAAGGAACUUUUGGAGAAGAUCCUAAAUAUAGACGAGGAAACUGUCAAUGAGGAUGAGCUGGAGUUAGAAGAUCUGAGAAAACAAGGAAUCGCUCCACUACCUAAACCACCUCCAGGAGUUGGAUUGUUACCCACUCCUGGACCUGGAAGUCCACCGGAUGGAGGCAAGAAGAUCCCCUCUCUUUUUGAGAUUAAAGUUCAGCCUACUGUGGACUUGGCACAGAAGAUUGCUCUAAGGCCCAAUUUCUACAACAGUACAUCUCCCCCUGCUGGACAGUUUCAAGGUGGUCCACAGUUUGGCAGUAGCCCUGAGGAUAUGCAGGCUGGCAAUAUGAUGUCUUCUCCUCCCAAUCCUUCCCAUUCCCCUCAUCCAGGCUCCAUAGGGAGCCCUCCCCUUCCAUUCACAGGUCCAGGAAUGCCCCAAAGCCCACCAGGCCCACCUCCACCCCAGGGUUUUGGCCAGUGCUCUCCUAGGCCACCUCUAGGUCAGCCGCCUGCUUUUCAUGGAAACAUGCAGCACAUGAACCGUCCUCCACUGACUCAACAGGGGGCUCCAUUUCAACCUGUGCCUGACAUGCAAAUGAACAUGCCUUUCCAAAACAUGGGCCAGAUGCCCUCGGAGUUCUUCAAGAAUUUGUUUAGCAGCCAGUCUCUGGCCCAAGGUAAUGAGGGACCCAUGCAGGACUCGCAGCCACAUGGUAACGCUGAUUCCAGUGGGAUGCAGGACUUCCUUCCGGUUGUACAGAAGGCUUUGCUUUUACAUCUCAACCAGAACAAGCAAGACUCUGACUCUCACAGGGAUGAGGGACAAGGGUCUGCACCUCCCAACAGAGAGAAAGAUGAAGCCCCUAAUUGGUACUCCAGUGAUGAGGAAGAGGGCAGUAGCGUAACAGCCAUCGUUAAUACUCUGAAGAAGCAGAAUGACAUGCUGAAAAACCAGCCUAGCUUGGGACCAGCCGACCCCAGACUCCAGAAGGAACGAGUUUUGCCCAACGAUCCUCGAAUAAAAGCUGACCCACGUCAGCGUCCCCCAGAUCCCAGGAAAGACGCUGGAGAUGGUAUCGGGGACCCCAGGCUUGCCAGAGACCCACGCAAGAUGAAACCUUUGGACUCCUCCAAACCUGACCCUCAUCGCCACCCAAACCCCCCCGUGUCCCACAAACCUCCCGCCAGAGAGGAUGAUGACGAAUGUGAGAGAGAGCUAAGGGAACGAGCAGCCUUGAUCCCGUUGGAUCCCAGCCCUGGAGCCGCGCUGCGAGACCCCCGCUGUCAAAUCAAGCAGUUCAGUCACAUCCGGGUGGAUAUUCUCCUCCAGCGUCCGGCGUUUGCGCAGACCGUGGUUUGGGCUCCAGAGGACCUCAUUCCUCUGUUGAUUCCCAAACAGGAGCCCUCCAUAAAUCUUCCGCUCCCACCUUUAAUCGCAGAUGCUCAGCUGAACCGUAGUCUUUCCUCCCCACCGGAUCACCCUCCAUCAUCAACCCCAACACCUCCUGAUCCACGUCUGGCAGCCGCCCGCUUCAAAGAGGGAGUCGGGCGACUCGGCAGUCCUCCUCGUAGGACUGUGGAUACUCGUCACCACCACCCGGACAAGCCCGUGGACCCACGUACACACAAGACUCUUGAUCCCAGAAUCAGCCGGUCUGGAAGCCUGGACUCCAAGCUACCGGGAAUAAGGGAGAGUACAUCUGGAGGAGGAGCCUCUGACCCGCGGCUACAGCGUGGAUCUUCAAACCAACCGGUUGGCGCUUCCACUAAGCCCGAGUCGGAAAAGUUGCCCCCAUAUGCUCCCCGCCUGGCGUCUUCAAUGGGUGCAGGUCUUGAAAGCCCAACCACGCUGUUAGGCGGGAUAAGUUUAUACGAUCCACGCAAUCACAGCCUACUCUCCCCGAAACGUGAAAGUGAGGAGCACCCUAAAAAACCAAGUAUCCUAAAGCCGUCUGCGAAGCUUCCAAGCUCUCCACCAUAUGCCUCGCCGUCACAGGGAACAGGAGUAGAAAAAGACGAAAAAAGUCCACUUGAUGACUCUGAGAGCAACACAGGUGGCUGUCCGUCAAAUCCUCCUGUGCCUACCGUAAUGCCAGCGUCUCCUUGCUCGCCAGUCCGGGCGGCAGCUCCCGCUGUGCACAACUUGCCUAUCCAGGCACUAGCAGGACUGAUACGGCCUGCUUACACUGACCCGCGGCAGAACAAACCUGUGGGCCCUGCUGCUGGGACUCCGCAAGAAGAUGAGGAGGACAAAGACAGUAAGAAGAAAGACAGGCCCUUGAGGGAUGUCUUUAAAACCUUUGACCCCACAGCCUCUCCAUUCUGUCAGUAAACACGCCUAUACUGAAUAUAGCUCAUGCAUUUACUGUAUUCUGUACAUCUGUUCUUUGUAUUCACCCUGCAUGUAUAUGAAGCUUUUCUAUUUAUUUAUAUUGGUUUGUACAUAUAUUCUCCACUGCUGCAUCAUGAUCUAACCAGAUAUAUUUUUCUUUUGGCCUCUUGUGCAUAGAUUCUCAUUGGAUAGGCAAGGACUUUAUUUGCUCAAUAAGCAUUUUAAGUACGUUUGUAUCUGGUAUAUGGAGACUUUGGUAAGCAGAGUCUGCUAAACUGGUGAGUAUAUGUAAUAUCAGUGACGCAAUGGUUCCGUUGCUGUCAGCGGUUAAAAGGGAUGUGUGGCUUAAAGUAUUCAUAUUUGUAGUACUGUGUAAUGCAUAAAGCUAUAAAAAAAUAUAUAAAAUUUAGCUAAAUUCCCACAGUAUUUAUCACAUAACUACUUACAAAGUAUAUAUAAACACUGUAAUAUAACAGCACUUCUAUGUCUCAUUCAUGUCAAGUGUGCAUUUCAUCAAAGCAUUUGUGAUUUUGGUGAUGAAAAGGUUCGUAUGAGAUUCCAUUCAGAGAAUCUCUGUUGUAAAUGGUUUUCUUUUUA